GCUGUCACAGGAGUGAACUUGAGAGAGUGAGAGGGAGAGAAAGUGGGGUGUUGCAGGAGUGAACUUAAGAGAGUGAGAGACAGACAGACAGAGAGAGAGAGAGAGAAGGGGACUCCCAAGACAAAAGGCAAAGGACUCUAUUCUAUCAAAACACGGAGAGGUGUUGCAGAAGUGAACCGGAGUGAGGAAGAAGAGGAGUAGGAGCAGGAAAGAAAACUGAGUAGCGUCUCUGUGGUGAAAAGUUGAAGGAUUACAACAAAGCACACGACUGUGGACUGUGAAGUAACAAGACUAACUGUGAGUGCGUGUGUGUUGCAGUGUGUGUGAUGGAGCAGGGAGGUGUAGGUCUCUCCUUCUCCGAGGCCAUCGAGCAGGCAGGCGAUGUGUUCCACCGGUUCCCCCUGCUGGAGGUGAGGGGCGUACCCCUGAUGGAGCCCAUAGCACUCAACUGGGACUCAGUAGCAGCCUUCACACCACACCCCUCAGACCUGCUGAUAUCCACAUACCCUAAAGCAGGCACCACAUGGACACAGGAGAUAGUGGACUUGCUGCUGAAUAACGGAGAUGCAGACGUGUCGAAGAGAGCGCCCAUAACCGUCAGGAUACCUUUUCUGGAGAUAUUCUCUCCACCGCCGAUCCCUUCAGGCCUAGACCUGCUAAAGGAGAUGGCUCCGCCCCGCGUGAUUAAAACACACCUGCCCUUCCAGCUGGUGCCUGAAGGAUUCUGGGAAAAUAAGUGUAAGGUCAUCUAUGUGGCGCGUAAUGCUAAGGAUAACUUGGUGAGCUAUUACCAUUUCGACCGUAUGAACCUCACACAACCAGAGCCGGGACCGUGGGAUGGAUACAUACACAAGUUCAUGAAGGGAAACUUGGGCUGGGGAUCCUGGUAUGACCAUGUUAAAGGCUACUGGAGGGAGAGAGAGAAGAAGAACAUACUUUACCUCUUCUACGAAGACAUGAAGGAGAACCCCAGACGUGAGAUUGUGCGCAUAAUGGAGUACCUGGGUUUGGGACUUUCUGAUGAUGUCAUCGAGCGGGUCGUGCAGCUGACGUCCUUCAAGGUCAUGAAGGACAAUCCCAUGGCCAACUACUCCUUCAUGCCCAAGCCUGUAUUUGACCAGUCCAUCUCUAACUUCAUGAGAAAAGGAGAGGUAGGCGACUGGGCCAACCACUUCACUCCAGAGCAGGCUAGGAUGUUUGAUGAAGACUACGCCGAGCAGAUGAAGGACACGGAUAUCCCUUUUAGGUCCAGCAUCUGAGAGGAAGAAAGAUCCACCACCAUCAAUAUCUAGCUCUUCUUCAUUCCUCCACCUUUCUCAUCCCCCUCUUUUCUCCACCUCUUGCAUUGCCACUCUUUUCUCCAGCCCUCUCAUCCCCCCUUCUUGAAGACCAUGCGAGAGCUCAACAGAGACAUUCGCUUCAGGUCCAGCAUCUGAAAGACCUCCACUAUUGCUGUCUUUGUGUCCUCACACAUUUUUUCUCCUGCUCUCUCUCCUCUCUUCUCCACCUCUCUCAUCCCCCUCUUUUCUCUAUCUCUCUCAUAUCCUUCCGGAAGACUAAACAAGUGAAGCAGAUGAGCAAUACAUGACAUCCUCUUCUUUUUUUUAGCAGUUUUGUGCCCAUAUAGAAAUCAAUGCAAUUUGUAGAAAUUGGCUGGAAUUUAGAGCAUUUUGGCGUUUUUUGCUAACUUUUUUGGGCGGAAUUUGAUCAGACACAUCUGGCAACACUGUGGCUCGUAAAGCUGUGCAGAAACACACGGAUCUGGCAAGAGCCAGGUUACCUCCUCACCCCCUGCUGUUUCAAUUCAAGACUUCUUUACAAUCAUUGUAUACCAGUGUCUUUCAAGUGCCUUUAUAGCUGAAACCCAAAAUGUCAGUGUGUUAUUUUUAUAUGCCAAAGGUGGAAGAUGUGUUCUGUUCAGCACCCAGAGCCCUCCACAUUUUAUCUGCAUCUGUAUCUGUAUGUUUUUUUCCCUACUGUGACUGCUUAA